GCUUUCCACUUUUCCAAACUCCCCAUACCUGAUACCUUCCUCUAUUUUUCUUCCCUCCCUCCUCGCUCCUUUACAUCUCCAUUCUUAACUGAAAAAAACCACCAUCACCACCACCCCACCACAACCAACAUCUCCAAAAACCUCCAUAAUCACACAAAUGGCUGCCACUGCUGCUGCAGCUGUGGCCUCAUCAGUCUCCUCAUCAUCAAUCAACACCCUCAAAUGCAUUCGAUCCAAUCUCUUGCCUUCUGAUCUUCACCUCAGAAUUACCCCACCAACCAGGAUAUUGGCAUCAUCCCCAUCACACUCUUUCAAUCUCGAACCGCUCUCUAUCGCUGCUGCUUCGCAGAAAUGGCGAGUCAUGAGGAUAACUGCUGCUGUUGCACAAGAAGAGGUGGCUGUCACGGCUGAGGUUGAAGAAGAAGAAAAGAUGGUGGAGGAGGAGAAGGAGGAGGAUCAACAAGAGGAGGAAGAGAAGGUUGAAGAAGAACAAGUAGUGGUGGGUAGGGAAGGAGAUAAAACUGUGGCUGGUGGUGAUGGAGUUUCUGUGAAUACAAAGCUCUACUUUGGGAACCUUCCUUAUAGUGUUGACAGUGCUCAGCUUGCCGGUCUCAUUCAGGACUUUGCAAGUCCUGAACUUGUGGAGGUUCUUUAUGAUAGAGAAACUGGAAGAAGUAGAGGCUUUGCAUUUGUGACUAUGAGUACUAUUAAAGAUUGCAAUAAAGUUAUUGAAAAUCUUGAUGGAAGUCAUCAUAUGGGACGAACUUUAAGGGUGAAUUUUUCGGACAAGCCUAAGCCUAAAUUACCUCUAUACCCAGAAACUGAAUACAAACUCUUUGUUGGUAAUUUAUCUUGGUCUGUCACAUCUGAAAGUUUGACACAAGCUUUUCAAGAAUAUGGAAAUGUGGUUGGAGCAAGGGUUCUAUAUGAUGGAGAGACAGGAAGGUCUCGGGGUUAUGGUUUCGUAUGCUACGCCACAAAAUCGGAGAUGGACAUUGCAUUGCAGUCUCUUGAUGGAAUGGAACUAGAAGGGCGAGCAAUGCGUGUUAGUUUGGCUCAAGGGAAACGUUCGUAGGAUCAUAAACUGCAAAUAUAAGUUAUGGGGUUGCAGACCAAGAUCAAGAUCAAUGGCAGCGAAGAAAUAUUGGCGGACAUAUUUAUCAGCCAAUGUCAAAUGCAAUCACAUAAGCAACUUGGAAGUCCCUUCCAUUUUUCUCGUUGUCUGGAACUCUUUGAGCACAAUAGUUGAAGAUUAUUUUACUUUCCUAUUGUUCUGCAAAAUUAUUGUUCUUUGUAUUCACUACCAAGUCUUUCUUACUAACAAUGUUGUAGAGCAUUGGAAUGUUCAUGGCUAGUUCAGUCCUAUGCCUUAAAAACGAACAAAUUGAGAGAAGAUUGGCAAAGUUUUCUUAUAUUUGAAGCACUUUCUUU